AUGAAGGCGAAAGCUGAGAUCUUCGCCCUGGUUCUGGGCUUCCUCGGCCUGUUCGGCACGGUGCUCAUCACGGCGCUGCCCAUGUGGAGGGUGUCGGCCUUCAUCGGCGCCAACCUCAUCGUGAUGGAGGAGCUGUGGGAGGGCUUGUGGAUGAACUGCUACAGGCAGGCCGACAUCAGGAUGCAGUGUAAGGUCUACGACUCGCUGCUGAUUCUUCCUCCGGAGCUGCAGGCCGCCCGGGGCCUCAUGUGUGUCUCCAUCCUGCUGGUGGUCGUCGCCCUCUCCGUCAGCGGGUGCGGGACACAGAGAAGCAAGUCCUGCGCCGACAACAUGAGGUGCAAGAACGUCACGCUGGCGGUGGGAGGGAGCCUCUUCCUGCUCUCCUUCCUGACCACGCUCAUCCCCGUCUGCUGGGUCGCCCACACCGUCAUCCGGAACUUCCACAACCCAGCGCUCCAUGACGGCCAGAAGCGGGAGCUGGGGGAGUCGCUCUUCAUCGGCUGGGGCACCGCAGGGCUUCUGCUGCUCACCGGCAUCAUCCUGCUGCUCUGCUACAGCAAACGCAGGUCCAAGGAAGGAGAGGACGAGCCGGACUAUCACGCCCUGGCCACCAGGGGGCUGCAGAAAGUGGGCAGUGAGAGGUCCAGCUCACAAGGAGUCCAGGUCUAUGUGUGAUAUGUCGGCUGCUUCACUUGCUAACCCCGAGUAGCAUCCCAGGCUGAGCGGCGGGGGACACCCUGGACAGGUUCGCAGGCCACAGGACACGUGGACAGACAACCACUCACUCUCUCACCCGUUUGCUUUUGGACUGUGGGAAGAAACCAGAGUGCCUGGGGGAAACUCACACAAGCAAGGAGCUGGGUUUGAAUGUUUGUUCCUGCAAAGCACUUCAAACAACCGUCAACAGUCAGAACUUGCUGCACUUUGAAACCAACAUUUUUCCUUUGUUACAUGUAUGUAACUGCAUCUACGUAUUUCAACGUAUACGUACUUCAACAACAAAUUAUUUAUGAAAUAAAUGAU